AUGCUAAUCAAAUCAAAAAAUCUAAGUGAAAAAGCAGAUGAUGGAUAUAGUUUAUUGUCUUAUUUCAAGGUUUUUCCUGGAUAUUCAGAUAAUCGACGAUUAAAAGCAACAUGGGAUUGGAGUUCUAUGGAAGUUGCACAAAAUCUACUUCAACAAGCCAAAAUCCUAUAUUAUAAUGAUUUGGAUGUUGAUCUACUUGGUCAAGAAAUAAUACAAGAUUAUCAUAUUAAAGAAUUUGAUUUAACUAAUCUUCAUCCUGAUACAAAGUACUUAAUAUGUUUUCGUGUUACUCGUAAAAGAUAUAUUGGCUCUUCAAUAUUAUCAUCACCAUCAUUGUAUGUUCAGAGUAAUGGAACAAUAGCAACAUUAACACCAACAUUUAAAUCAUCUGUUCAUCAUCAGAACAAAGCAAAUAUCGUGAAUAAUAUGUCCGAUAAUUUACAAUAUAAACUGAAAACUAAUAAUCCAAUGAUAACUUAUAAAAAUAUCUCAUUUCUAAGUCGAUCUCAUCGACAACAAUCAUCAUUUAAUAUUCCAAAAUUAAAUAAUGAAUAUGUUGCUGAAAUGAAAUGUGAAGUAACAUUUACUCGAUUUUUACAUUGGACAGCAGUUUUAUGCAGUUUAAUAGGGAUUAUCAUUGCAUUACUUCUAUCUAUUAUGAUAUAUUCUAUUUUGAAAUCACGUGCCUAUAAAACAAAACAAUCUGAAAGAAAAAUGUUUUUAAAUCAAAAAGGUGAAUUAUUAUUAAUUGGACAUAAAAAAGUAGGUGGUAUUCAUGAUGAUGACGAAGAAAAUAAUUUGUUAAACUCUAAUAAAGUACUUCGUUGUUGUCAUUAUCCACAUCCUCAUCAUCACCAUCACCAUCAUCAUCAUUUCUAUCAACAUCAACAUCAUCAUCAUCAUCCUCAUUCACAUCAUCAACAUCAUCAUCAUUUACCACAUGAACAUGUUCAAAAUCAACAUAUUCAUCAUCAUUGCCGUUCUAAUUCUUCAAAGAAAACGUCAAUUCGAAAACAAGAACUUUGUAAUUAUAAUAAAAUCAUAUCAUCUUCACCGUUAUCAUCAUCAGCGCCCACUUGUUAUAAAUCGUCGUCGUCGUCAUCAUCAUCAUCAUCAUCAACAACAUCAGAUAAGUUAGGAAAAAUGAAAGAUAAGAAUAUUAAAUUGAAUAUUCCUUCUGAAGUUAAAGAGGAUAAUGAAAUGAAUAUAUCUAAACAACAAUUAGAAGAUUGGGAGAAUACAUUGAAAAAUAUUGAAACUGAUAAUACGAUAAUAAUUGAAAAAGAUAACAUUCUAGAUUCUACCCUAAAACCUGCCACUCAUAGUAAUAAUACUAAGACUGCAAAGGAUAUUAAUCAUAGUAAUAAUAUAGAAAGUCAAAAGAAUUCAGUAACUAUUCAUUUUAACCCAACAAUGGAAAAUAAAAGAACUGUUUCUUUUAAAGAUGAUACUACUACUACAACUACAUGUAGUACAACUACCACUAAUGCUACUAAUAACAUCGGUAAUAUACCUGCACUUUACAAUAACACCGACUCUAAUAAUAAUAUAAAUGAUGUGAUUCAUCAGAAUAGUGUACUAGAAAGCACUGAUUCAAUACAAUUAACGUCAUUGGAUUUACGUAAUGAUGAAUUAAAUUAUUAUAAUAAUCUUAGUAAACCCAUAAGUAUAUCUUUAACAGAAUCUAGUCUUAUGCAUUACAGACAUCAUAUACCAGAGUAUACUCAAUCGGAUAUUAGCAUUAAUAAUAAUCGAUUACAGGAUGACAAUCCUCAUUUUUAUUCCGAAAUAAAAAGUCCUUUUCUUAAAGAAUUUGAACAAAAGUCUUGUACUUCUAUUUAUCCUGUUGAUAAUGAAAAGGAAAAACUUUGUAGAAACAAUAAUAAUAAUACUACUACUACAGACAACAACCCCAACAUCAAUGAUAAUAGAAUGAUACAAAUUAUAACUAAUAACCUAACAGUUCAAUCACCAGUAACACCAAAUAAUUCUUCUUCUUCUACUACUACUACUAUUGGAAAAAACUCAACUGUAUCCAUACCAGAUAAUGAUGCAUUACUAAUUGAUAUAUCAACAAGUGAUACUGAUGGAAAUCAUUUUAUUUCAAAUGAUAAAAACUGGUUUAUAACAUCACCGAAAUCAACAUCCAAUGUAUUAGUAGAUAAAAAUGAACAAAAAUCUAUUUUUCGUAUACAAUUAAUUGAAACCCUGUGAUAUCAAAAGACCUGUGUAAUCACUAUAUAUUCAUAGAGAAACAAUAAUAUUUAUUGUAAUUCCAUUACUGGUUCUAUUUCCAUCAGUAAUUUUCUUUCUAUUUAUUUGAAUAUAAUGACAA